AAUAGCAACAUAAACAGAUAUGUCUGGACGCGGUAAGACCGGUGGUGGAAAGACAAGGGCAAAGGCCAAGACCCGCUCAUCUCGUGCCGGGCUCCAGUUCCCCGUCGGCCGCGUUCACAGGCUGUUGAGAAAAGGCAACUACGCCGAGCGUGUCGGGGCCGGGGCCCCCGUCUACCUGGCGGCGGUGCUCGAGUACCUGACCGCUGAGAUCCUGGAGUUGGCCGGGAACGCCGCCCGCGACAACAAGAAGACCAGAAUCAUCCCACGACACCUGCAGCUGGCCGUCCGCAACGACGAGGAGCUCAACAAGCUGCUCGGCGGAGUCACCAUCGCCCAGGGCGGCGUGCUGCCCAACAUCCAGGCCGUCCUCCUGCCCAAGAAGACCGAGAAGGCCGUCAAGGGAAAAUAAGAAACUCUCAAUACAUACACCUACUUCAACGGCUCUUUUAAGAGCCACCCACGUCUACUUUAAGACCUCGUUCCUUAUUCUAACAGUCAAGCUACGCAUUAACGUUAACCUCAUACUACAUAGAUCUACUCUACAUCUCAUUAACCUACAACCUGAGAUACCGGGUACCAACUACUUCUCACUGAUGCAGAAAGUCACAACAAUUUCCGGCAAAACUUUGUCCAACACCCGUCCUAAAAACUCAACAUAAAAUCACAUCCUCACUAUUGUCGACGGGACCCCUAACAACGAGGUCAUGCCCGUCCGUGUGAGCUCAACUAAGAGGCUCCUGAAUAGCUGCGGUGUAAACAGGAUGUGGCCGCAUGUUAAACGCUUAUUAAGGAAUUUUCAAGUCUCUCAGCCAAAUAAAAUGAUAAACACUGGCUCAUUCUCCCCCGAUUUGGCUCGGACCGGCUGGGGUCUUUGACCCAGCGACUAAACUUGUUGUAGGUUGCGGUUGCAUGCUUACCAAAUUACAGCUUGUAUUAAAAACUUAACCGAACCUCAUUCCGUGUCUGUGAGUUGUGGUUAUGAAACAAGUCCGGAUAGGACACCAGCGCCAGGCGAGAAAUCUCACCAGCAAUUGGGUCCGUCACCAUCCUCCGGACAACGCUCCCGGUUGUCCGCAUCAAGUGUCACCGUCUAAACCGGCCGAUCGGAUGGCAGGUGGUUUGCCGAGCAUGCUCGCGUCUCGGGGGGGUUAUCUCUUUCCAUUUCGGGCUCUAAACUGAAGUUGAGUCUUGUUGAGCUUUGUGACCAACAAAAUAAAGAGUGUCUCGAAAUGUCUCAUCAGUAGCUGAACCAAAGUAUCUUGUGCAAUAGUGGGACUUUACCAAACAUCCGCUUUUGUGUAAAGGUGCGGACACUUCAGCGUGUUUAGGCUCCAGCCCUACUUCAUUUGACACCUUUUUUAAACGUUAUUUACACAUUUAUGUAUCAUACAUAUUUAACUGUCUUCAGGAUGAACUCUCAACGUUUGAGUUCCAUUAAUUCAUCCAGCUACUCGAGUAUUUUACAUAUUUGUGUUACGUGUUUGAACAGAAUCAGCUGUUUGUUUGUUUUUUUCCAUUCAAGCUCCUCUCAUUGGAUCAGCUGAUGGCAGGAAACAACAGACACAGAAACUCUGUUUAGUUCCUUUUUCUUUUUUGGUAACUAUUUUAUCAAAUAUUUUAAUUAACAUAAUCACCUAUCAACGGCUGCGCGUUUACUGCCGGUUACUGAUUAAAACAAAGGACCAGCUGUGAUGCUGAACAUUUGAG